AUGGCAGACGGCACUCAGACGAAGACUCAGACACGGAGCGGGACUUUCAGCAACAUCAUCAAGACAAAUCCUUGUGCGGUGCUUGAAUGCUGGGUCGACCCUCACACUAUGCCGUCUCAUAAAGCACUGGAGGUUAUUGGGACUAAUCUUCAGCAUCAAUUCGAGGGGCUCAGCCCUAAAAUCCCGUACAAGCCCAUUCUAGACCCGUCUUACGAGGAUCUACGUCGCUUCUGCACGACCUUGCGUAAACAAGCCAAAGAUGACGCUGUCCUGUUUUACUACAAUGGACAUGGCGUACCGAAACCAACGCCUAGCGGUGAACUAUGGUGCUUUAACAGGAAUUAUACUCAAUAUAUUCCGGUUUCUUUAGCGGAGGUACAGGCUUGGCUCGGAACACCAUGCGUCUAUAUCUGGGACUGUUCAGCAGCUGGGAAUCUGUUACUCAAUUUCAACAAUUUUGCGAAACGACGCGAUGCGGAGAACAGGGACGCAGGUCUGAUGGACGGUCCGCCGUAUUCCGAGUCAAUACAGCUGGCAGCCUGCGCUGCGAACGAACAACUUCCAUCAUGUCCUGAACUCCCUGCUGAUGUCUUCACUUCUUGUCUCACCUCCCCUAUUGAUAUCGCCCUUCGCUAUUUUGUCAUGCACAACCAGUUGCCGAAUAAGGUAUCGGCAGACAUGGUCAUGCAGGUUCCUGGCGAUCUCAAAGACCGGCGGACGCCUCUAGGAGAGUUAAAUUGGAUUUUCACUGCGAUCACUGACACUAUCGCAUGGACGUCGUUUUCGCGCGAGGUAUUCACUCGAUUGUACCGGUCUGACCUCCUCAUCGCCUCCUUGUUCCGUAACUUUUUGUUGGCAGAGCGGAUCAUGAAGAACUACCAUUGCACGCCCCACACAUCUCCAUCUCUCCCUCCAACCAACACUCAUCCGCUAUGGGCAUCCUGGGAUCUCGCGGUCGACGCGUGCUUGCGGCAGCUUCCAGAGCUUUUGAAAUAUACCGACUUGGUUGCCAAGAAUGGCGGUACCGCGUCCAUGCGCGCGCGGCGACAGGCGCAGGCACAAGCACCGGCACUUCGCCUGGACAAGUCCAACGCUCUCGGCGAGAAGCCAUACGUCUACAUUCCUAGUCGGUUCUUCUCCGACCAAUUGACCGCAUUCGAGGUAUGGAUAUCUCGGGGUGGUUCGGCGCUCACCAAGCGUGGUCCACUUUCUUUACCUUUGCAGAGCAACGGCGACGCUAAUGCGGACUGUGGGCUUGCAAACGGUGGGCCCCAGUCGUCACAACCUCACAGUAAUUCCGCCAAGAACGAUCACCAUCUUGUCCCACGCAAGCCACCAGAACAGCUACCGAUCGUUCUGCAGGUUCUUCUGUCCCAGCCGCAUCGAAUGCGGGCUCUCAUUCUCCUCUCACAGUUCGUCGAUCUGGGCCCUUGGGCUGUCGAUCUCGCACUAGCCAUCGGAAUCUUUCCAUACAUAUCUAAAUUGCUGCAGGCAGCUGGUCAGGAUUUGCGACCCGUUUUGAUCUUCAUCUGGGCGCGCAUUCUUGCCGUAGAUCCUUCAUGCCAAAAAGAUUUGCAUACAAAUCAAGGAUAUAAGUAUUUUGCAAGCGUGCUUGCGACUCCGGAGGACCCUUUGAACGUCGCCAUACCAAACGUGUCGGAGCACAAGGCCAUGUGUGCAUUCGUACUCUCUGCUAUAGCUCGCGAUUUUCCUCCUGGUCAGAACGCAUGCUGGCGAGAGAGCGUCUUUCAUUCUUGCUUCGAGCGCCUAGACGAGGGUGACUUCCUCCUUCGGCAGUGGUCUGCGCUGUGCAUUGCACAGAUGUGGGACGGUAAUGACGAACUCAAGGAGUUUGGGGUCGACAAUGGCACCCAGGACAAAUUCAUUGCUUUGUUGUCAGAUGACUCGCCCGAGGUCAGGACUGCCGCGUUAUAUGCCCUUGGUACGUUCCUGGGUGCGUCUGGAUCCGUUGACCCAAACAAGACAGGAGGGGGAGGAUCUGGGACGAUGCUGCAUCUGGAGGAGCGCAUACACUUCCGAAUGGAGGUCGCCGUUGUGACAGGCGCGGCACUGGCAAUUAGGGAAGACGCUAGCCCCAUGGCGCGCAAAGAACUUUUGGUUCUUAUUAGCUGCCUCGUCAAGGAAUGGCGAGGAUACUUUGUCGUCUGUGCUUGGAUUUACUGGGAGGAGGAUAGGCUAUGGACUGUGGGUGGAGACCCACAAUUCCAUGAAGAACACGUUACUGGUCAAGCGGUAGCGGACUGGCUGGAAUCGUUCGGUGACGACGAUGGUCUGCGCCAAGAAAGUCGAGUCUUGUUAUCCUCUUUCUUCACCAUCUUCACCGUCCUCUUGGAGCUUUCCGUCGACCCUUACCUUGAAGUUGCGACCCAUGCUCAAACCGUAGUUGACUAUAUUACAGCCCUUCUGCUGGAAUCUCCCUUCACUCGCCUUAAUAGCACGUCUCUGAGCAGUUCACCUCUGCUACUAGACACGAAACCGCUAGCGCGUCCUAGCAUCAACCGCAGCGAUACUAUGAAUACCCUCUCAUCCGGCGUCUCUAACACUCUGCGGCGCACAUCGUCCUUUGCCAACAUUCUCAAGAACUUCGCGGGAGGCAUUGCUUUCCCAACGCUCGACGAUGGGCAUCGGACAUCCUACUCUACCCAUCCACUGCGCUCACCAACCCACUUGGAGCAACCGGACAUCUCUCGGCCCCCUUCUCCAAACCUCAAUUUAGCUGAGUACGCUUCACCGUACACACGGCUGCCGACGAAGGGUUAUUCGAUGAGCGCACCUGUAUCGCCAUCAUCUUCCUCUCGUUAUUCAAAAGAGGACGCGUCACAGCAGCAGGCAGAGUUCAGUCCAUCGGACGUCAUGGAGGCGCUGAUGGAGGAGGACAUGAUGAGGUUGAGGGUACGACGCCGAAUGGGUCAGAUGAAUAUGGUUGGUGGCGUCUUGACGAGUCCGUCGGACAGUGUGGGACCGAGUGUAAGCGCUGUACAUCUGGGCUUGGGGACGGGUGCCGGCGUUCGUGAUACUCUGCCGCUGAAAUCUCGGUUCUUCGACUGGUGCAGCGAGUACUUCAAGGAGCCUCAAAUGCGGCAAGCGGAAGCUGAUGAGCCUGGCAGCUUCGAGUAUAACUACCAAGCGUGGCGCCAGCAACGUAAUGAGCAGAUCAUUCCGGAGACUCGAUCGCACGCUGAAAUUGCUGACGGACGUAGAUGGGAUCGACCUGUGACGACGCUUCAUGUGUCGGGUUCACCACUUUCUAUUGCAUUCCAUGCAUACGACCCUCAUCUCGUUAUUGCAAACGAGACCGACAUCGUACAAGUCUGGGACUGGUCGCAUCGACAAUGCCUUAGUACCUUCUUCAACGGUAAUCCGAAACAAGCAGGCAUCACCACUGUCAAGAUCAUCAACCAGGAGGUAGGCGGCAUCAUCCUGGUCGGCACAGCGGACGGCAUGAUUCGUUUGUAUCGCAACUACGAUCCGGCGACCAGUAAUACGGGCGUUCAGAUGGUCAGCGCCUUCCGGGGGCUGAACGAGGUGAUCCCGGUCCGGCACGGGAGCGGCGUCAUCGUGGACUGGAAGCAGUCUGGUGGCUCCCUCCUCGUCAGCGGAGACUCGCGGAUCAUCAGGGUAUGGGACGCGCACACGGAGUCGCAGGUCAUGGACUUGAUGACCGAGUCGGAGAGCCCAGUCACUACCAUGGUGUCAGACGGCAGGACGUCUUCCAUGUUCAUCGCGAGCUACGCAGACGGUGUGGUCAAGGUAUUCGAUCGACGUCUGGAGGAAGCUGUCGUGCGCUCGUACAACGCGCACAAUAGCUGGGUACAGAACGUUCGAUGGCAUCCGACAUUUGGUGGGCAGUUCAUUUCAGCGAGUCUGAACGGCGAGAUCAAGCUGUGGGAUAUCCGCGGCUCCGACAGACCUGCUCACUCAUGGGACCUGUUCCCAAACGGGCUUUCAGCAUUUGAUGCGCACGAACAGACGGGCGUCUUUGCAGGGUCUUCCGCGCUGAUGCAGACCAAUUGGAGAUAUCAGCGCACGACAGUCCAGUCCAUCGCGCGCCCGGACAUUCACUCGACUGUGAACCUGACGACGGGCCUCUCAUCUUUACCUUCGCGCUCUGGGCCAUCGCCCUUCAUCCCUCGCUCAAACUCUCUCGCGUUCCAUCCGACUGAGAUGUUGUAUGGCAUCGGCACCCCCGACGGAAACGUUCGCAUCAUGGGUUGCAAGCUUGUCUGAUUGACGCGCGAACGGUGCAGAACGGUGUUUAUUCUCUGACAUUAUCUGAUGCCUCCUUAGUGUUCUGUUCGCAAGACUGUUUUAGCCUCGACGUACUUGUAUCGAAUAUUGCUCUAUCAUCCACUAAUAUAUUAUCUUCUUCCCGUUCGUCCAUCUCCCACAUUGCUAUAUAUUCCCUAGUACUUUGCACAGUUACGCAUAUCUCGCACAUACGGAUGGCGCAAUGCCAUUACUUGUAGAACAUCUAAUGUCAGAGUACCAUUGCCUUUUG